AUGUUGGACGUCAUGAGUUUAUCUUCUCCUGUCAGCUAUGCUGUCCCUGAAGUUAAAUGCUUACGUAGUACUAAAAGUGAGUCACGAUUGUUGCAAAAUAGCAAUGAAUCAGAACUGGACAUUGCUGAAGAUCUGAGAAGGAAACUCCAUCAAGCUAAAAAAGAAAAAUUAGACAUAACUAUUAAACAUAAUCAGGAUCUGUCCACCUAUGAAAGCCAAAUUGCAAAAUUACGGUCUGAAGUUGAGAAAGGAGAGGCUGUUCGACAAAGCCUCGAGUAUGAACUGGCAAUUGCCAGAAAAGAUGCUGGUCUGAAAAGAUAUGCUGCAGAAGAAAAAUUAAGUGAUGCAAACAAACGACUUGAGCAACUGCAAGCUCUGAAUGAAAAUCUUCAGCAGAAGGUGGCAGAGACUGAGAAAGUGUUUCAUAUUGCUCAGCAGAAAUGGAAAGAACAGCAGCAAAGACUUACAAGUGACCUAGAUGAGAAAGAUGAUAUUCUCAGGACCUGUAAUAAUGAAUAUGAAUUGCUCCUUAAGGAGAGGCUCAGACUAGAAAGCAUUUUGCAGGAGCAGAAUAGCACAUUGCAAAACAUGCACAAGAAAAUGAAAGACAUGGAGCUGGAACACAACGAAUGUUCAGAUCUCCUGAGGCGACAGGCCAGUGAGCUUGAGUACUGCUCCGAACGAGAAGAGAAACUUAAGAAAGAAAUUGAAACAGCAACUAUAAGAAUAAAGAAACUGGAAGAAAAUAUUGAAGCAGAGAGAGCAGCACAUUUGGAGUCCAAAUUCAAUUCAGAAAUCAUCCAGUUAAGGAUUCGAGAUCUUGAAGGAGCUUUGCAGGUGGAAAAAGCCAGCCAAGCAGAAGCUCUUUCAAAUUUGGAGAUGAUCAAGAAAGAAUUCAAAGAGGUAGAAAAUGCUUAUGAGAGAGAAAAACGCAAUGCCCAAGAGAACUUGGAAAAACUCAAUAGAUUAGAAAGAGAGUAUUUUUCCACAAACAAGCAGUUGAAUGAAGAGAUUGAAGAAAAGAAGAAGGUAAUUACAGACCUCUCUGAGAGACUAUGGGAUAAUGAAAAAAGUUUCAAAGAAUUACAGAAUGAACUUGCAAUGGCCAAGAAACACCAGGCCUUUCUAACAGAGACGUGUGAAAACAACAUGAGAGAGCUGGAGUUACUCUUGGACAGCUUUGCUAUGUCAGGCCAGCGGACAGCAGGCGCUUGUAAGGACAAAGAUAAACCUCCAAGCCCCUCUGUUGUCCUUGAGACUUUGAGGUGUACCUUGACAGAUUAUCAGAACAAGCUGGAAGAUACAUCUAAUGAGCUUGUGAAAAUCAAGGCUUUGUAUGAGAUGAUGUCAGCAGAGCUUGAGGUAUCCAGGGAGAAAAUAUGUUCUCAAAGUCAAGACCUUAAGGAAGCUCAGGAUAACCUGGCUGAUGCCAAUAAAGAGUUAAAUCAUCUGCACACUAAGUGUGUAGACAGAGAUACUUUAAUAGGCACUUUAAAAAUGGAACUACAGAAAGUACUGCAGUGCUGGGAGAAAGAGAAAAUACGUGCCACAGAAUCUGAAAAUGAAAUCCAGAAGCUUACCAGGGCUUACCAGAAGGAUAUGGAGGAGAAGCUAACCUUCCUUCAUAACUUGUAUCAGCAUUUGGUAGCAGGCUGUGUGCUUAUAAAACAACCAGAAGGCAUCCUAGAUAGAUUCUCUUGGCCUGAGCUUUGUGCAGUCUUACAGGAGAAUGUUGAUGCCCUGAUCUUAGACCUUAGCAGGGCUAAUGAGAAGAUAUCUCACCUAGAAUAUGUUUGUAAGAACAAGUCUGAUACGAUGAAGGAGCUUCAGCAGAGCCAGGAAGAUGCUUUUAACAAAAUGGCUGAACAGAUGAAAGCACAGGAAAGCUGUUGGGAGAAACAGAAGAAGGAUCUGGAGCAGCAGUACUCUGGUCUCCUAGGGGAAGUUCAUGCAAGGGCACAGAAAUACCAAGAAAUAGCAGAAAAGAACAAGGAAAGAUUUUCUGUCCUUGAAAAAAAACGGGAGAAACUGGCCCUUGAAAAUGUACAUGUGAAAAAUACAUUAACGCAGAUUCAGAAGGAGCAUUCAUCUCUCUUGGCAGCUUGUGCACUAAUGGCAGGUGCCCUGUACCCUCUCUAUGGCCGAGCCUGUGCUUUGUCUACCCAAAGAGACCUUCUGCAGGACCAGGUCAACGUCUAUGAAUUAGUCAGUCAGGAAAUUAGGACUCUGGCACAUGCUCUCUCUGAUGUGGAGGAAAAAAAGCAAGACGAAGCCAAGAUAAAGAAAAGAAAACUCAAAAGCCUGAUACGUGUAUUCCGUAAAGGUGUUAUUGCAGUUUUGGCAGCCAAUAGACUGAAAGUCAUAGGACAGUCUUGCAGUGCUCUCUUCUCCUGGGUGGAUGGCUUAAAAGAAGGUGUUGGAAUCCUGGUUUGUGUAGGAGACUCCAAAGGAAAUAAGAAGGAACAAAUUCACUGUGUUGAAGCUCUCAACUGGUUUUCUAGUUCUGACCUUCUUGCUGCAAUAAUUAGUUCUGUGGCUGAAUUACAGGAUGUUGUUGGCAAAACAGAUCCAAAUUCCUGGCUUUCUGGACACUUGAUUGUAAGUGCAGCCAGGAACUCUUUUACGAAAUUUAUGGAGAAGCUUAAUAUGAUGCUGGAGACUGUUCCACUGGACAGCAGCAGGAGCAUUACUUAUGUGGAGAAGGACUCCUUGGUACAGAGGCUGGCUCGUGGACUGCAUAAGCUCAAUGUGCAGGCUCUAAAAGCUGGAUUAUGUGACAGACAGCCCAUCAUGAAAAGCAUAGCAUCCUUACAGAAGCAAAUAUUUGAAUUCACACAAAGGCUUCAUACAGCAGAGGUGGAACGCCGUUCACUGCGCUUAGAACUUGCAGAAUUCAAACGGAAUUUGAAUGAGAUGAAAAAAGAAGCUGACAAAGCCCAGAGCCUGCAAGAGCAAUUAAAUAUGUUUAAGCAAUCUAAAUUGAUCACCAAUGAGAGAUUUGAAAGUGUGUGUGAAGAAUUAAAUCAUGCGUUACGUCGGGAACAUCAGGCACAAAUGCUUUUAAAUGAACAGGCCCAACAGCUUCAGGAAUUAAAUAAUAAACUAGAACUGCACUCCAGUGAAGAAGCAGACAAAAACCAAAUCUUAAGUGAAACAGUAAAGAGUCUCUCCAAGGCAAAGAUGGAGCUGAGAAGAAAAGAUCAAUCUCUGCGUCAGCUCAAUAGACUUCUUACCCAGCUGGAGCAGGACAAGCGUCGACUGGAAGAGAGCAUCCAUGAUGCCGAGAGUGCCCUCUGCAUGGCAGCGAAAGAUAAAGAAUUAAUUGCCAGCCACAUGAAAUCUGUGGAAGCCGCUUUUCAAAAGGUCAGAGAUCAGACCUUGCUGUCACGGACUGCGGCAACCAGGAAUGACUUCACCCUGCAGCUACCCAAACUGCACCUGGAGACCUUUGCAGUGGAAGGGCUGAGAGGCGGGCCAGAGGUUGUAGCAUUUCAGGCUAUGGUUAAAAGUUUUAUGGAUGUCUACCAACUUGCAAGCUCCAGAGUUGGCAUGUUAGAGAGAGAAAUAGCAUCUCAUCAGCUUCACAUUGCAGCCCUGAAGUCCGAGCUCCAAACAGCUUGUCUUCGUGAGAGUGAAAGCUUACAGUUGGAAUCAAGAGACAGUUCAAAUAUCACCAUGGCGUCAAGCUAGGAAUUCAGCUGGACCAGAGUUGUAUCCCAGAUUUUUUGCCAUUGCAAGCUGAACCUGACACAUCCUGCAGUUUUAUACACAAUAGAGCCAAUUCACAAUCUUCAGGCUAUUCCUACAGUCUGAAUGUCACAUCCAGUCCCAAAAGAACAAUGGAAAAUGGAUUUUAAGAUUCUUUUUAUCAAUAAUCUUUUCAAAGGAAAAAAUUGUAUUAAUGUAAAAUGAUGCAAUUAAAGUGCAAUUUUAUUGCUACCUUUGA